GAGCUAGCUUUCAAAACCUCUUCUCUAUCUCUGAUUUAGAUCCCAGCAUAAAAAUUGCAUUGUACUGCGUGAUGUUCGACUGCCACCAAACCCCAUGUUAGUCUUAGGUACCAGGUAGAAGGAACCUUCCUGCCAUAAUCUGUCUUUGAAUUUCCCGUGUAACCUGAUCAGUACCUAGCCUCUUGGCUUACAAAAUUGGAAGUGGAAUCAUUUCCUCAUGCCUUUCAUUGCUGAUCGACUUGUAUUGCUCAGACACAUUAAAUCAGACACAUUUUCCUGAAGGGUGGUGAGCAAAGCACAGCAGCUAAUGGAUUAGACAUUUUAUGAAACAUGUUCUUACUGAAAUAAAAUCACAGUGAAGACAAAGGUCGUGGAGAGUGAAAAUGGAGUCCCAAGAUUACGCUGUUCGCUUUGUGGACCAGCACCGGGCUGAGCUCAUCGAGAGGGUGAGGGCGGUGGACACCAUCGGGAGGGGUCUGCUCCAACACAAGAAGAUGCAUAACAGGUGGACUUUGCUGCUGCUGAAUGAUACCAGUCAGAACACCAUGAAGAACAUCUACAACGACCUGGACCUCGGAGGAGCACCUGCGAAACAGGCCUUUUACAAACUUCUGAAGGAACACGAGCCUCAGCUCCUUCAGGAACUGGAGACGGAAAAUGUCAGUGGAGAGAUUCAGGGUCACAGGGAAGAACAACAGCAUCUAAAGGAAGAAAGAGAGAAGGAGAGACAGGAGCUGGAAGCGUGGAGAGCGGACAGAGAAACAGAGGAGAUGGAGCUUCACCAAAUGAGAUGUGAACUCCAGAGAGAGAGGGAGGAGGUGGAGAAAAUGAGGGACAUGAUCAAGAAAGAGAAGGAGUCCAUGAACCGGAAGAAUAAAACACAGAGUAAAAGUGUGGAAGCACAGAAAAGCCCAUUCAGAAAAUGUCAGAGUAUGGAUGCUAUUAAUAACUUAGGGGUUAAGGAUCAGAUAAAGCAGGAGAAGGAGUCCAGGAGCUUAUUAAGAAAAUGUCAAAGUCUGGACCGCAAUUUUAAAUUUGCCAGUGCCCCUGAGCUCCGGCUGGUGCUUCUGGGGAGAAGUACAGCUGAGAAAAGCUUAAUAGCAAAUGGCAUCCUGGGCAGAGAGGUGUUUGUGUCUGGGACGCCCUCACCGACAAAGGUCCAGAUGAGCAGCCAGAUGAAACACAGGACCGUUGCCGGGACACGGGUGGUGGUGGUGGUGAAUACUCCAGACUGGUUUAGCUCUACGGUGUCCCAGUUUCAGCUGUGGCAGGACGUCAAACACUGCAUGGAAUUGUCAGCUCCAGGACCCCAUGCUUUUCUCUUGGUCACAGAGAUGCACGAGUAUGGAGAGGUGCAGGCAACAAUAUUAGAGAAGAUGAGGGAGAUACUUGGAGAUGACUGCUUUCCACACACCAUCGUCCUUCUGACUCAUGCCAGUGAACUGACAGAGAGCAUCACUGGAGGCUUUGUGCAUACUGGCAGCCCAGACCUCCAGAGAAUAAUUACCAGAUGUGGUAACAGGUAUCAUAUCCUCAACACUAGUAACAGGCCUGAAGGCCAUCAGAUCCGCAGGUUGCUGGAGACCAUAGAGAAGAUGGUUGAAGAAAACCAAUGGAGCUUCUACAGCAGUGAAAUGCAUAUGGAGGUGAUGUCUCAGAUUCAAGAGGUGGAACAAAAGCUCCAGAGGGAAAGAGCCGAGAGGAAACUGAGAGAAGAACUGGAAGCGAAGGAGAAGUUUGAGAAGGAGCUGCAAGAGACUCUGAGGGAGAAGGAGGUCGUGAUUCAGGUACAGAAAGAAAAGAUUACAGUCCUGGAGGAGAGGAUAGUUGAAUUGGAGGAAGAGCUGAAGGAAGAGAGGGAUGAAGAAAAGAAAAAAGAACUUGAAGAAAAACUGAACAAAGAGGUGGAAAUGAGGAAUGUUACGGAAAAAGAGGUUAAAAGACUCAAGGAGGAAGCUGAGAAAGAAAAAAGUGAGCGGGAGGAGAAACACAGACAAGAGAUUGAAGAGAUCAGGGACGAGGAGAAGGCUCAGGCUGAAGCAGAAAGACACGUGAUGAAAAUACUGCUGUCUGAACUGUCUAGCAGACUACAGUCCACAUUAAAAACCAAGACACACAAUGAAUAUGAGAGGCAGACUGAGGAAAAGAACCAUGAAAUAGCUGCUAUAAAGGAAGCGUGCAGCAGAGAGAUAGAGAGAGUGCAGAGGCUGAAGAAUGAAGAGAUGCAGAAGUUACAGACAGAGAUGAACAGAGAGAUAGAGAGAGUACAGAGGCCGAAGAAUGAGGAGAUGCAGAAGUUACAGACAGAGAUGAACAGAGAGAGAGAGAGAGUGCAGAGGCUGAAGAAUCAGGAGAUGCAGAAGUUACAGACAGAGAUGAACAGAGAGAUAGAGAGCGUACAGAGGCUGAAGAAUGAGGAGAUGCAGAAGUUACAGACAGAGAUGAACAGAGAGAUAGAGAGAGUACAGAGGCUGAAGAAUGAGGAGAUGCAGAAGUUACAGACAGAGAUGAACAGAGAGAUAGAGAGAGUACAGAGGCUGAAGAAUGAGGAGAUGCAGAAGUUACAGACAGAGAUGAACAGAGAGAUAGAGAGAGUACAGAGGCUGAAGAAUGAGGAGAUGCAGAUGUUAAUGAUACAGAUGAGCAGAGAGAUUAAAAGAAUCAAAACCGAAAAUAAGAUAAAGACAGAAAGGCUGCAGGGGGAGAUGAAGUGGAAGGUUGGGAGAAUGAAACUAAACUUGGAGAGCAGUCCACAGGGAUCCCCAGGAGAGAAGAAAGGUCAUGGAGAGAUUCACUGGAUCCUGAGGAAUCUGGUCAUAGUGUCACUGCUGUUUCUUUUCCUUUUUGUGCUGAAUCAUACUUGUGGUUCUUUCACACCAGAAAUGAUUCUGGUCUGUUUUGUUCUUUCCAAUAUGGCCAUAUUUACCUUUUUCCUGGUUGACUGGGGGCUGAGGAGAGCGAUCAGGCUCCUGGACUGGUCGUGGAGGGCGAAAAUGGAGUCCCAAGAAUACGCUGUUCGCUUUGUGGACCAGCACCGGGCUGAGCUCAUCGAGAGGGUGAGGGCGGUGGACGCCAUCGGGAGGGGUCUGCUCGCAUACGGGUUGGUGCGUAACAGGCUGACCAUGCCGUUGAGGGGUAGCAGUCAGAACAAGAUGAAGAACAUCUACCAAGACCUGGACUUCAGAGGAGCACCUGCGAAAGAGGCCUUUUACAAACUUCUGAAGGAACAUGAGCCUCAGCUCCUUCAGGAGCUGGAAAAUGUCAGUGGAGAGAUUCAGAGUCACAGAGAAGAGCUACAACAUCUGAAGGAAGAAAGAGAGAAGGAGAGACGGGAGCUGGAAGUGUGGAGAGCGGCCAGAGAAACAGAGGAGAUGGAGCUACAGCAUCUAAAGGAAGAAAGAGAGAAGGAGAGACGGGAGCUGGAAGUGUGGAGAGCAGCCAGAGAAACAGAGGAGAUGGAGCUACAGCAUCUAAAGGAAGAAAGAGAGAAGGAGAGACGGGAGCUGGAAGCGUGGAGAGCGGCCAGAGAAACAGAGGAGAUGGAGCUUCACCAAAUGAGAUGUGAACUCCAGAGAGAGAGGGAGGAGGUGGAGAAAAUGAGGGAGGAGGUGGAGAAAAUGAGGGAGGAGGUGGAGAAAAUGAGGGACAUGAUGGAGAAAGAGAAGGAGUUCAUGACCCGGAAGGAUAAAACACAGAGUGAAAGUGUGGAAGCACAGAAAAGCCCAUUCAGAAAAUGUCAUAGUAUGGAAUAUAUUCUUACAUUCACUGCUGGAGAAACUCCUGGUACAGACGCCUCCAUACCGGCCAGUGUCCCUGAGCUCCGGCUGGUGCUUCUGGGGAGAAAUACAGCUGAGAAAAGCUUAAUAGCAAAUGGCAUCCUGGGCAGAGAGGUGUUUGUGUCUGGGACGCCCUCACCGACAAAGGCCCAGAUGAGCAGCCAGAGGAAACACGGGACCAUUGCCGGGAGACGGGUGGUGGUGGUGAAUACUCCAGACUGGUUUAGCUCUACGGUGUCCCAGUUUGAGCUGUGGCAGGACGUCAAACACUGCAUGGAAUUGUCAGCUCCAGGACCCCAUGCUUUUCUCUUGGUCACAGAGAUGCACGAGUAUGGAGAGGUGCAGGCAACAAUAUUAGAGAAGAUGAGGGAGAUACUUGGAGAUGACUGCUUUCCACACACCAUCGUCCUUCUGACUCAUGCCAGUGAACUGACAGAGAGCAUCACUGGAGGCUUUGUGCAUACUGGCAGCCCAGACCUCCAGAGAAUAAUUACCAGAUGUGGUAACAGGUAUCAUAUCCUCAACACCAGUAACAGGCCUGAAGGCCAUCAGAUCCGCAGGUUGCUGGAGACCAUAGAGAAGAUGGUUGAAGAAAACCAAUGGAGCUUCUACAGCAGUGAAAUGCAUAUGGAGGUGAUGUCUCAGAUUCAAGAGGUGGAACAAAAGCUCCAGAGGGAAAGAGCUGAGAGGAAACUGAGAGAAGAACUGGAAGCGAAGGAGAAGUUUGAGAAGGAGCUGCAAGAGACUCUGAGGGAGAAGGAGGUCGUGAUUCAGGUACAGAAAGAAAAGAUUAUAGUGCUGGAGGAGAGGAUAGUUGAAUUGGAGGAAGAGCUGAAGGAAGAGAGGGAUGAAGAAAAGAAAAAAGAACUUGAAGAAAAACUGAACAAAGAGGUGGAAAUGAGGAAUGUUACGGAAAAAGAGGUUAAAAGACUCAAGGAGGAAGCUGAGAAAGAAAAAAGUGAGCGGGAGGAGAAACACAGACAAGAGAUUGAAGAGAUCAGGGACGAGGAGAAGGCUCAGGCUGAAGCAGAAAGACACGUGAUGAAAAUACUGCUGUCUGAACUGUCUAGCAGACUACAGUCCACAUUAAAAACCAAGACACACAAUGAAUAUGAGAGGCAGACUGAGGAAAAGAACCAUGAAAUAGCUGCUAUAAAGGAAGCGUGCAGCAGAGAGAUAGAGAGAGUGCAGAGGCUGAAGAAUGAAGAGAUGCAGAAGUUACAGACAGAGAUGAACAGAGAGAUAGAGAGAGUACAGAGGCUGAAGAAUGAGGAGAUGCAGGAGUUACAGACAGAGAUGAACAGAGAGAUAGAGGAGAUGAAGAGGGAGAUUGUGAGAAUGAAACUAAACCUGGAGAGCAGUCCACAGCUUGAGGGAACUCCAGUCUGAACUCCAGCUGUGUGCAUGUGCAGUCUGUAUGUUCCUCCUGCGUUUGUGUGGGGCUUUUAGAUGAUUGUUUCUUACGUAGAUUAAUGGAUGACUGCAUUGCCCAUUUUGUGUGAGUCUGUGUCUGCUUGUGAUUGAUUAUACAUUUUAUUUUGUGUAUGUGUGUCUCUUAACCAAUGAAUUACUUUACUCCCAAAAAAUUCUACUAUGCUCCAUCAGGUGGCGGUAUCGCUCCAACACACUGCUACAAAAAAAAAUAUUUAAAUUUCAUUUGAGUACCUAGUAAACAAGAUGUAGUAUUGUGCAAAUUAAUUGUUUUAAUAUACGUAUAAAUUAUGUUUUAUGUCUAUAUGGGUAUGUCAGCUUAGCCAUUUCAAGACUUUUUUGAAAGUCACCCCAGUAUUUGCAGUAACCGUCCUAUAUACCUAUGAACUUGUUGACUCGUCCACUAGUCCACUUGGCCAAUCAAAAUCUCAUCGAGGUAUUUAACUAAUUAAGGAAGGAGCUGGUGGUUAAGUUCAGCAAAUACAUGGCUGUGUUUCCCAGGAAGAGGUUAUGAAAUAAAGCAGUGUUCUCCUGGCCAACCAAUAAGCUAUCCGUAGCAUUUCGGAGGACACAAGGAUACUUUCAUAGUAUUUGUAUAUUUUUUUCUGAGCCGGUGUACAUUUACUGGACAGAUAAUUAGCUUCUGGCAUGGUUUUCUUUGGCUGCCUUUGACGUUUGCACAGUCCUGCACAGCAACUGCAUGAUUAGCCAAUGGGCGUCCCUCAAUACCACGAACCUUGCUAACCAAGAAUAAACUUGGAGCGCAAUUAAUUAUGGGAUUAGUCUCGUUUGGCGAGGCUGCAUUCGAUGUAUCGUUGAUAUUUUGGGCAGAGAUGGGCAGUAUUUCAACUAAAUGCAUUUAAAAUACGUAUUUGUUACUUUUAAGUAUUUUUUAAUUUGUAUUUCACUGGACAGAAAAAAUCAUUUAAAAUACUUUGAGAGAUUGUAUUUUAUGUAUUUAAAGUACUUCAUAAAAUAUGCAAUUUCAUUUAUGUCAUUUUAAGAACCUUCAUCACUAGGCUUACAGACUUUUAAAUACAACCUAUCUCCGUCUUUAGCUAGAUGCAAGUAAAUCAUGUGACACAUGCUAUUGGGCCAGGCAUGCUGGUUACUUCGUUUUUUCCAUGAACAGUAAUCCAAGGAAAGAAGCUGCUUUGUUGCUGGGUGCAAAUUGUCUUAAUGUAAAGUAUGCAGUAAAAUAUACUACCAGACAUUUUUCACUGAAUGUCAGUAUAGGACAGAAAAGUAGAGCAGUUAGCGAACAGCAGUGCUGUGCUGUAGAACUUGUGAAUUGCGCCAUGUGGCCGACAGGGAACAAGGGAAAUCACAAAGACUGACAACAGGAGGGACGGGUUGAGCAGCGACACCUGCUGGCCAGAACUGGGAAGGGACACAGAGUGGGACAACAGGAGCUGACCCUGACACAAGUUUAAAAAAGUAACACAUCACAAGGGAGAGAACGAGGAGGAAGGGAUGCAGGGCCUGACCGUAUACGUAUUCGUCAUAUACCGUUACCAUUUUAUGUGUGUUUUCAUAUUUUCAAAUUACAAUUACUUGUAUUUUAAUUAAAUACAAAAUUCUGGUGUGAGAAAAUGUAUUUUAUUUUGUUACUCUUGAUGAGCAAGUAUUGUAAUUUGUAACGAAAUACUUUUUGAUGUAUUUGUGCCCAUCUCUGAUUUGGGGUGGGAAAAAAACAACAUAUAGGGAUUUUUAACGUACUCUGUGGGUGAAUCUCAAUAUGCACACUUGACCGUACUUGUGUUCUCAUGAACCCGUUCUGUGUCAUCUUCCAUUGCCGAAGACCAGUUCCAAUACUAAAAACACGAGUACACGAGGGCAGCGUGUACUCGUGUACUCGUUGGUCUUGCUCCGCCCCAAUAUCAAGGAUAUAUCAGUUGCAUCCUCACUGAAUGAGACCAAUCCCAUGAUUCAUUGCACGCCAGGUUCAUUCUUGGAAGGCAAGUUAGCAAGACUGGUCUUGCCAAGAACCACAAGUAAAGUCUUUGCAUUCUUGGUAUUGAAAUUCACCCUGUACCUCUGGCCUUAAAACUGAUGACGUGCAACGGGUACAUGAGAACAAAAGUAUGCAUUUUGAGAAACACCCGAUGUGUCUGUGUGUGUAAGUGCAAUGAUCGUUCACGGAACUGUUCAUAAUCCCAGUGUCAUGUGACCUAGCAGAAUUUUGCUGAACAGGUUUUGCAUAUAACCAAACUCGCAUUAUAGAGGUUGCUGCCAUAUUUCUAGUUAUUAUUCUUAAAUGGUUUUUAAGGUGUCGGUUUAAGAAGUUCUAGUAUUAUUCUGCCAGUAUUUAUUUUGUGUGAACAUGUAACACACACAAAUGUACACAAACACACACAAUGUGAUAGCAUAAAGAUACACCACUGUUUUGUUAAGUUGCAAAUCAGUUUAUUUAGCUGAUGAUACAGCACCUGGGUGACUUGCAGUGAUGCGUCACAUCAUAGCGGUUCAGAAGAUUAGAAGGUCUUGAUUUUGAUUGCAUGAUAGACACCUGGAGGAAGUUUUAAGGGGAGAGGACCUUGUUUAGAGAGGGAGAGACGGCGGGGUUGUGUUCGUGAAGCAGAGACGUUGUUGGACGCUCAGUUGACAAGAAAGGAUGUUUGGGGCCAUGUUGGAUUGACUCUCGGAUGGAGUGACUGGCGAGGGACGUGCAGGAAGACCUUAUGUGGGACGUGCAUUUUUUUGGUGGGCUUUCGGGACGCCGAUGCCCACAGACUGAUCCACGGACACACGGGAGGGUCUUGGCGGCUGCUGGACAGAGGGAAGUUCGGUGAUUGUUUUAAUCCUGUUAAGUGAACUGUGUGUGUGUGUGUGUGAGAGAGAGAGAAAUUAGAUUAGAUUAGAUUUAGAUUAGAAGCUUUAUUUGUCAUUGCAUAAAAUACGUAGUAUUAAACACAACGAAAUUUAGAGUUGCCACUCUUAGUCAGUGUUUUAAAACCAAUAUAGUUAAGAAUUAACAAAUCUGCCCCAAGGCAGCCUACCCACACUCACUCAUACACUCCCCCCAAACCUAUU